AUUUUAAUGAGUACUCCAGUUGGCAACACUUUAUCAUUAGAGAUGAAUGUAAACAAGGUUAAAGCACAUCUGUACAGUUUGCAAGUGUAAAGAAAUGUCUUGAAGUAUUGUUUUUGAUAUUUAUUAGUUGUGAUAAAAUACCAAGUGUAUAAUUUAUUUGUAAAAUGUCACUGCAUCCAGAAAUUUCAACAUAUGGAGAACUUGAAAGUCAUUAUCGAGAAUUAUGCGAGAAAGAGGAAAUUAUAAACAAGGAACUAGAAAAUCUUUUAGACAGACAUGUUCAUGUCGAAGGAAAGAUUAUGUAUCUUCAAAAAAUGCUGCCAAAUUUACAGCUGGUAUAUUCUGAUUCGGAACAAUUAACCAAUUUAAUAUCAUUUACUUCAUCAUUGGCUGAAAAUAUAAGCAGUAAAGUCAAGAAGUUGGAUCUUACAAAAGGGAGAGUAACUGAAUGCAUGCAAAGAGUAGAAGAUAUUUUAGAUCUUAAAUUUUGUACUGAUGGUGUGCAAACAGCACUUCAAAAUGAAUAUUAUGAACAGGCAGCAGCUCACAUUCGUCGCUUUCUUAGUUUAGAUCAGAGCGUAUUAAAACGUUCCACUGCUGAUAGUAUUGAAGGAAGUAGUUUAGAUGAAGCAUUCUCAAAAUUGCACGAAGCAGAAAAUAAACUAAAGGCAAUAGUAUUAAGAAAAUUUGAUGAAGCUGUUCGAGAUGAAGAUAUUGCUUCUGUGGAAAGGUUUUUCAAAAUUUUUCCAUUAUUAAAUCAACACAAUGAAGGUUUAAGAAAAUUUUCAACCUAUCUAUGUUCACAGAUUGCAGAAACUGCACAAAAAAAUUUAAAAAUUGCUCAGAAUAUUGAAAGUAACAAUAAAAGAGCAAAUGUGAUUUAUGCUGAUACAAUAACUUUAUUAUUUGAAGGAAUUGCUAGAGUUGUUGAAAUUCAUCAGCCUCUUAUAGAAACUUAUUAUGGUCCAGGCAGACUUUUUUCUGUUAUAGAAAUUUUACAAAAGGAAUGUGAUCGACAAGUUAAAAAAAUUUUAGAUGACUUUAAAACAAGCAGGCAAUUUCUGAAAAAGGCUAAUACAGUUCAACAAAUUUUAAAAAAUUCAUACAAAUCUACAGAGAAAUUAGAUCCGUUAGAGUUAGAUGUUUUAUUAGCUGAAGUCACACUUUUGAAUACCAGAACAGAACUUUAUUUUAGAUUCAUUAGGCGUAGAGUAACAGGAGAUGUUGAAAUUGCUGCAUUGGAUGAAAAGUCAAGAGAAGAACAAUUGAAACAAUUAGAUUGCUUAAUUAUGGAAUGCGAAUUAAGUCAAUCUAUGCAAGAAUUAUUAGGAAUGUAUAUUAUGAUGGAAGAAUAUUUUAUGCAAGAAUCUGUGAAUAAGAAAAGUCUAAAAUGUUUUUUUAGGAGGACAGUAAGCAGUUCUAGUGUAGAUGGAAUAUGUGCAGUGUUAAAUAAUACAUGUACACUAUUGCAAUCAAAUUUUUGUACUGUUAUUAAUGAUCGCCUGAAACAGGGUUUUCCAUCUGGAAUGCUUGAUUUGAGUCAGGCUUAUAAUGUGCUUCAGUCUAGUAUCCAACAAGGAAGAUUACAAUCAUCAGAUACAGAUAGUGCUCGAAUUAUGUUUCUUACUACUCUUAAUAAUGCAGAAGUUGCAUGUGAACAUAUCAGAACACUUCGUAAAACUUUAGAAGAAGAAAUGAAUAAAGUUUUUAGUCAAGCAUCUGAAGCAGAGAAAGCCAAAUUGGAAAGUUGUCUUUCUGAUUUAAGUGGUGUUACUUCAAAAUUUCAAACAAUUCUUAAUAAUGGAAUGAGCCAGUUAUGUUCUACUGCAGUUAAACCUCGCAUUAAACCUUGGGUUGAUACAUUUCAAUCAAGAAGCCAUAUUAUAACUGAGGAAGAAUUUAUUCAGUACGAAGCAAAUGAUGGAAUGAGACCAUUUGUUCAAAGUUUUAUGUUGAAUAUUGAUAGUUUAUUGAAAUCUUUUAAAGAAAGCUUGACUCCCACAAAUUAUGAUACAUUAGUGAGUUAUCUGACUACUGAAUUAACUCACCAAUUGGAAAAAGUGAUUAAAAAGUGUACUUUUAACAGACUUGGAGGCUUGCAGUUUGAUCGAGAACUCAGAUCACUCGUUUCAUAUUUAACGUCUGUAACUACUUGGACUAUACGAGAUAAAUUUGCAAGAUUAACACAGAUUGCAACAAUUUUAAAUCUGGAAACAGUUACAGAAAUAUUAGAUCUCUGGGGUCCAAAUUCUGGUUCUUUAACUUGGAGACUGACACCAAGUGAAGUGAGACAAAUAUUAGCUUUGAGGUAAAUUUUGAAUAUUAUUAUUUAUAAAUCAGUAUUCUUGCAAAAGAGAAGUUUUUAUUGAGUUAUUAAACUUUAAAAAUACCAUGUUAAUGCAUUAUAUUAAUUUUCUAUUUAUUCAGUACUUGUUGUGAUAUAUGCAUGAAAUUAUACUUUCUCAUGUUUAUUAUAGUAAAUAUAGAUUAUUUUAGUAGGGCCUUGUUUUAUGUUGGAUUAAUGUAUGCAGAUUUGUGUUUUGCAGAUGGUAAAUGAUUAUGUUAACCCUUGGAUGAACAGGGUUAAUUCUGAUUAAUGCCCAAGCUAUUUUUAUUAUGAAAUCUGUAUAUAUAGUAAAAUCAACUGUGAAAUGUUUUAAACAGAUGAUUUUUCUAUUAAUUGUAAAUAUUUACAUAAAUGGGGAGCACUCUAGUCUUCAACGUUACUGGCGUCUUUUUUCUCCAGGUAGUUAAGUUUUAAUAAUAAACAAUUUAAUGGAUUUUUUGCUGUUAAAUUUGGUGAAAAUUAACAAAAAUAAGUUCAUAUUAAUACUACUAUUAAUUUUUGGGAUUGAAACAAACCCUGGUCCUAUGCAAAGAUCUCUGGCAAAAAGAGGAAGACCGCCUUUAAAUUGACAAAAACAACUUUCUAGUAAAGCAACUUCUUCAGAUUUGGAUACGAAACUAAUUACUGAAUUUACUGAAGCUAGGAAAUCUGAUUCUCCCAUUUAAUCAGGUGAGCAAGUUAAGUCAAAUUCUUUGCAAGAUUUAUCAACAGUGGAAAGUGAAGACAUUACAACUGCAGAUCCAUGGUCAAAAAUUGUUGAACUGAUUACUUUGAGUAACGAAAGAUUUGUUAGUCAAAUUUCAUUGAUUA